CGUAUUGAGCCCGAGCGGAUCCGGAUCUUCGUGUGAAAACUUCACCUCCUGAGUCCGGCUGGUAAUGGGGGGCUCUCAGAGUGUGGAAAUACCCGGCGGAGGCAGCGAGGGAUAUCAUGUUCUCCGAGUUCAAGAAAAUUCCCCUGGUCACAGGGCUGGCUUGGAGCCUUUCUUUGAUUUUGUUGUUUCUAUUGGGGAUGCUAGAUUGAAUCAGGACAAUGAUACUCUGAAAGAACUUUUGAAGGCCAAUGUGGAGAAACCAAUUAAAAUGGUUGUCUACAGCAGCAAGACACUCAAACUAAGAGAAACUACAGUAACUCCCAGCAACAUGUGGGGAGGUCAAGGCUUGCUUGGAGUCAGCAUUCGCUUCUGCAGCUUUGAGGGAGCUAAUGAAAAUGUGUGGCAUGUGUUGGAAGUGGAACCAAAUUCUCCGGCUGCUUUAGCUGGUCUUCGUCCUCACACAGAUUAUAUAAUUGGAGCAGACACUGUCAUGAAUGAGUCUGAAGAUCUCUUCUCUCUGAUAGAGACACAUGAAGGAAAACCUUUGAAAUUGUAUGUCUACAAUACAGACACAGAUAACUGUCGGGAAGUAGUUAUCACACCAAAUACAACGUGGGGUGGAGAAGGCAGCCUAGGGUGUGGCAUUGGAUAUGGCUACUUGCAUCGAAUUCCAACUCGUCCAUUUGCAGAGGGUAAAAAAAUAAGUCUUCCAGGACAGCAACCAGGCACACCAGCCAGUCCAUUAAAGGAUGGUUUCACAGAGGUUCAACUAUCUGCUGUUGCUUCACCGUCUGCUGCAGCCAGCCUCCAGCAGGGAUUAUCAGGACUUUCAUUGGGUACUGCUCCCUCUGCUGCUCCCAGUGUUCUUAAUACAGGUGUUCCAACGGUUCCAUUGUUGCCUUCAUCAAUUAAUUCAUCUCCAGGCAUAGUUUCAACAACAAAUGUAAAUGUUGAUGCAACCAUGCCAGGUCUAAUGCCGUUGCCAAGUGGACUUCCUAAUUUACCCAACCUACCUAACUUGAAUAUCCCCCUACAAAACUUUGCUCCAGUAACCCUACCAGGAAUAGGUGUGAUCCCUCCACCAACUGGUUUUCCACCAACUGCUCAGAUGCCGCCACUCACGCUUCCUGGACUGCCCCCCCUUACAAUGCCCACCAUGUUUCCUUCACAAUCGCCCUUGAUUACUGAAGCAAAAGCUGGCCUAACUGAAACAAUUUCUGCCAUUUCUACAGGAAUAGGUGGUUUUAAUGUUCCUGCCUCUGCUGAACAAACCCCUGCCCUCAUUUUGGAUACUGGAACUGUUUCCAUGACAACUGCUGACAUCAAGGCAACUGCAUCACCUAAUGCAAAUAAAGAUGAACCAGCUUCCAUUUCCACAGACACACAAGCUUCUUCUGAGUCUUAAAACAAGAGUUGAUUAAUGUAUUUAUUCAGCUGCAGAAAGCUUGUUCUGAAAUUAAAACGUUGUAAAGGAUAGGCUGGCAUGAUCACAUCUCAAGGAGCUUUAAAACAUUGUACAUAAUUGUAAGGAUGAGGUAAAUAUAUAACCUUUAAUACAAUUGGGAUAGUUUACCACAUUAAGUCAUGGGAUUACUUUUGAUGUAAAUGGAAAAUAAAUUAUUUUAUCAAGUUCGGAUUCAAUUACCUCUCUUCCGCUCCCCUCGCCAGGUGAGGUUUGUUUCUGCUACAGCAUGUAUGCUGUUCAGUUAUGUAUUUGUUGCAUAUAGGUGGCAUCUGAUUUGUAAUUUCUUCUAGCCUGUACAAUUUGCAGAUCAUCAGGUCAGUAUUUGCUGUAUCAUUAAAACAUCCCACUGUUUUUAAAUGAUAAUUUAAGGGGAAUACUGUAGGUGAACAUUUAUGUGCAGCUAAAUUCCAGUAGGUGUCACUGUGAAUAUAACAGAAUAUAUUUGAAAGAGAUGAUCUAGCAAUAAAUUCUACUGGGAAAGCUUGUCCUGAAUUCACUUAAUUUCAAAUUCUGGCAUUUUUCAGAAUAUAAGGAAAAUUCUAUUUUUUAAAAAAGCCACCUUGUGAGCUUGUGUGCCAAAAUCUAAUGUUGCUUCUGUGUACUUAACCUGGAAAUCCUAUGACUUCAUGAGGAUUAAGUGAGUCAUAUGGUAUGAGACAAAGUAGAAAUGCUUGAAUGUAAAGUACUAAACAGAUUCAGCAUUUGAAUAAAUGUAAUCAUGUGAAAUGUUUUGAACAUAAGUGUGAUGCCAUUUUAAAAUGCUAACUACUAUUGAGUAGCUCUCAAUGUCUUUGAAGAAAUAAUAGUCAUAUAAUACUUGAAGAAUGAGCAAGAACAUAUUGUUGAGGGGCUUUUCAUGCAAGGCAGUGGUCAAAAAGCUCAUUUGAAAAUGCUAUGGAAGCAGGAGAUUGUUAGUGCUGGGAGACAAAACAGGAAUCGUCGCAGUCACGAAUCUUGAACAAUUUUCAAGUUUUUCUAAUUUUAUCUCAAACUGCUUGUUCUGACUAAGCUAUAGCAAAGCUGAAGCUGUCAGUAUGAUAAAGAUUUGAGGAGAAUUUAGGACUGGUAGAUUUACCAUUGGAGGAAUAGUUUAGAAUUGAGUUGAAUAGAUAAUUAGCUUGUGGAUUGUAAAUUUUAGUAUAUGCUGGCUGCCCUGACUUGUUUAACAUGUGGCUGACUACAAACCAAAGCCAGGAGCCAAUUAUUAGUAGUAUCUAGCCUGGGGGAAGCAGAGCAUUUUUAGAUAUGGAUGCAAUAAAGCUCUGUUAAUUUCCUUAUUUGAUAUAGGUUGAUGUAGAAGCUUUAGACACUGGAUAAGAAAGGAUUAAAAACUGAAGGGUAUUUUAAGCAAAUUAGUCGAAUAAAAGAUCUUUAUUCUGUCAACAGUAAGAUAGAAAGGGAUAGAAAAUAAAAAUCUAGUUAUCAGUUUAAGAUCAAAAUUGCAUUUAUUUUGCUGGUGUCCCAUUGCAAUUAAGUUUUUUUUCUUGUGCUAGUGAUGUGAAUACCUUUGCUCUUCAAAUUAUACUCUGCUAUAAGCAAAAUGUUAUUAACAUUAAAAAUAAAACAAAGAACCGUGGAUGCUGGAGAUCUGGAACAAAAUGGAAAUUGCUGGAAAAACUCAGGUCUAGCAACAUCUGUGGAGAGAAAGCAAUGUUGACGUUUAGUCUGGUUACCCUUCCUUAGAACUCUAGUCACUGGACUGAAAAGUUAUCUCUGCUUUGUCUCCUCAGAUACCGCUAGAUCUGCAGAGUUUCUGCAGCAAUUUCUGAUUUUAUUACAUUACAAUAACGUAUUAGAAAAUGAAAUAUAGGAUAAGGCUCUGCUUUAUCUCCUUAUACCCGUACCUUAAAUAAAUUUUGAUUUCAAAGUGACAUUGAGCUCUUCUUGUCACCCUUGCCUUCAUACCUACUUGUUUGGUCUGGAGUCCUCUCCUUUUCCCUUCACUGAGACAUGGCUAUCCUCAUUUCUCUGUUCCCUUCAAUUGCUGUAAUCUCUCUGCUUUUGAAAUUGCUGAAGUCUGUACUCUCAGUUUCAACCCAACAUUAUUCUCUUCCCCCCAGGACGAUGAUGGUUUCACCGAUGCCAUAACCUGUCUUACCCAUAGUUGGAAAACCAAAUCAAAUUUGCUUCCAAUUUCCAGACUACUUAGUUUCAUCCAGUCCAUCUGACUCUUGUCCUCAGCUUCCACUCCAUCAGGCUUCAUAUUUAAUAAAUCAUUUUCCACCAAUUCCACCAACAAAUAAAUGCCCUCCCAUGAGGAUUCCCAAGGGAUUAUUCUCACAAUGAUACCCCGAACACAACUAAAAGCCUAUCCCCUUCCGAUCAUAGCUUUCAAUGCAAAUUCAGGAGGUGCCGGUGCUGUCUCUUUACCCCUUCUAGCUGCUGCCAAAGCUUCGAGCAGUCCUUCCAGGUGAAGCUGCAAUUUGCAGGCACUCCUUUCAAUUUAGUUUACUGUAUUUGCUGCUCAGUAUAGUCUCCUCUAAAUUGUGGAGAUAAAUGUAGCUUGGGUGACCACUUUGCAGAACAUCUCCAUUUCAGCUGGUAGGGAUGACCCCAAGCUUCUGGUUGACAGUUAUUUUAAUUUUUCAUUUUGCUGUCACACUGACCUCCAAGUAAGCUUGAGGAACAGCACCUGAACUUUUCAGUUAGGGACUUUCCAUCUUAACAUUAGUUUCAACCAUUUCAGACCCUUUUCUUCUUUUAAUCAGCACAUGUGCCAUAGGCACAUCUGCUUCUUAUCCCUUUAGCCCUAAAAGAUUAAUUCUUGUUAUUUUUACUCUGAAGUUUCACCUUUAUCAUAGUCCUUCCUUUGCUCCUUGAUUUACCCACCAUUUGCGCAAUAAUUUAUUGCAUCUCUAACUUUUCCCAAUCCUGAAUGCAAGAUGACAAACCUGAAAUGUUAGUUGCUUCUCUCCGCAAAUGCUGCCAUGAAGUAGUUCCAGCAUCUGGAGUUUUCAAAUAGAGUUCUGUGGAUAAAUGUUUGUCGGAUAAUCUGAUCAUCUAUAAAAGAAAUUAAAAAGAACAAUUUUGUAUUUAUAAAAUACAGGCAAUUUAUACCAAACCGACUUCAUUAGUAUAAACUACAGGUGCAGUUUCAAAGCAAUACCUGCUUAGAAAGUAAUGUAUACUAACAGCAUCAAAUAAUAAACCAAGUUUUGCUCAAACUACAGAAAACAAAAUUUCUCCACUGGAGUACUGCAGGUGUUCCAAAUAUCCAAGAGAUGUCUGAAUGCCAGAAAAGUUGUCCUUUUAUUCUUAUGCCUUGAUUUUGAAUUGCAUAAAAUUGAACUACAGAAGUAUUUUAAUCCUUGUUUGAUCGGAAUUCUUUGCAGGUUUAUUGUUCAAAAUGUAAGAUUUCUUUAACUGAUUCAUUAACUGUCUACCUGAAACUUUAGAAUGAAUUAACUUUACAUAUCUAAAGUACAUUGCGCAAAAGUAAUACUUGCUGAAUCAAACAUACUAAUAUUAAAAUCAAUCCUAGAAUUACUAAGCAAUCAGCCAUGGGCAUUUCUGAGUAAGUAAUAAUUGUCUUUUUUUUUAAAAGAUGCAUGCCACUUGAUUUACAGCAAGAUAUUUUUGAAAAAUAAUUUUAAGCCAAACUGACUAAUUUUUUGCAUACUCUUAAGUAAUUGCCUACAACAGUGUCCAUAAAAUGUCAUUGUUUUACAUAGUUCGCAAUUAAAAGUUGGAAAUAAUUUCAAAAUCUGCCUAUACAAAAUUGACAUCUUUUUGUAAAAAGUGUAGUUCUGUACCAUAGCAUUUACUCUAAGAGUUAAUACACAAUGGUGACUUUGUUUUCUAGUCCUACUGCCAAUUACAAUGUGAAUUCAGUGGUACAAUCAAAUCAUUUCUGAUUUUGUAGUUUUUGGAGUGGGAUGUAUAUCCCAGAUUAUCAUCUUUCAUGUUUUAUAUCCCCUGUGCCUCUGCAGAGAUUUCUGAAAGAUUUUGAACGUGGUGCGAUCAUUUGAAACAAGGAAACUCCUUUUUUGACUUCAGAUAAAUUUCUGGUUAUUUCUCAAUCACUGUUUUGUCUUCUUGUGAAGGUCCUUGAGUUUUUUUUUAUAUCUUUGUGUGUAAGCGAAAGUUGUAAACUGUCUCUUGAAACAUACUGGUAAUGAUCACAGUUAAUGGCAAUGGCAGAUGAUUGUGUUAGUUACCGUAUCUAUGCUUCCACUCCAAUCACCUGGGGACCUCGGUGGAGAGUAAAAUAUGACGAGGUGUAGUGUUCUGGCUUCUUUCUUGACGAUGCCUUGAUUAAUCAGAAUUUGGCAGGAAAUAGCCAUAUUAUCCAGUGUGUUCUAAUAGUCGUGCCUCUAGCAAUCAGCAGUCUCCUUUCAUACACCAUAAAUGUUGUAUUUUCUUAA